AUGACCCAUGUGUUGCCCAGCGUGAUCACAGGCUUCUGUUGCAUUGUGGGAAUCCCCGGGAAUGUGGUGGUUCUGAUAGUCGUGGGGCGGAAAUUUGAGAGUGGGAACUUCAACAUGUGUCUGAUGCUGAAUCUGGCACUGUGUGACCUGAGGGUCUUGCUGUGCCUGCCUCUAGUUAUCAACAACCUACUGAGGGCCUGGGAUCUGGGCCCCACCGCCUGCAAGCUGCUCUUCUUUCUGAUCUAUUGCAGCCUGAAUGGUAGUGUGCUGACCAUCACCCUGCUGAGCGUGCAGUGCUGCAUCCAGGUGCUGUACCCACACAACUGGGCGCAGCUAGACCGUAUGGGGGAAGAGGCACUCCUCCUGUCCCUGUGGGGGCUGGCAGGGUUCAUUGCCUCUACCGCCUUCUCUGUCCUUGACGUCAAGACAUACGAUGGCGUUCCCUGCUGCAUCCUGGUGGCGUCCUACUUCUACCUCCAAAGGAGGGUGAGCCAGGCGGCCCUGUUCAGGCAGCGGAGGGCGACCAAGCUGGUCAUCUGCAUCGUUGUGUCCUUCUUCUGCUUCUGGACUCCGCUGCACCUGUUCAACCUGCUGGCCCUGGUGAACUUGGCCGUGCAGAACGAGGUUGUGGAGAAUGUGUGUGACUCAGCUUGGAAUGUCCUCAUGGGUUUCACCAUCAUCAACAGCUCCCUCAACCCUUUCCUCUAUGCCUUUGCCUCUUCAGGAAUCCCCAGGGCAAGCCCCCACCCCACCACCACAUGACACUGGCUUCCAUUGAGUAGAUAUAAUUGUUUAAAGCACUAUGUACAAGUAUUAUGUAACUGACUAUUUUUGUUGUGCUUAUAUUUUGUUAAAAUUAUUCUAGAAGACAUCUGAUAUGAUUGUAUUUUAUUAUAGCAGCCAGUGAAUGUUUGCAUAAGAAAAUAAGUGCCUGUGUGUUAUUCAAAAU